AGUAGUCAUCAUUAAAUGAUUUCAUUUAUUCUCAUUUGUGUUUUGACUUCGUAACAACUGAUACUAGUGUGUGGGAAUUGUGAUAAACUUGCUGACAUAUCAAUCCCUUUUCACUUGAAAACAAUGAUUACCACUGAAACAGACACUAACAGUCCCUUUUGUUACAAACCAGUAAUAAAAAAUCUUCCCAAAGGAAAUGUACAUGGUUUUUCAACCCUUGUCAACAGAGGGUACCCCAUUAUAUGUUCAUAAUUAGAAUGCAAAUGUUUAAAUAACUGGUGAGUUUAGAAUUGUGGAUUUUGUAAUCCACAUGGUCUCGACCAACAAAUGACAGUGAUUCCACUUAGAUCCGAGAAGUGCACCAAGGAAAUUGGUUUUUGGGCAUCUUGCAGCAAUGCCCUAUGGUCCCGAAAAAGCAUUUUCUCCAAAAGGAUAUUCCAAUGUGUGCGCACAUUGAUGCAUGUAAAAACAUUCGCAUGAAAAUCAGUGCAGGAACCAACAGGCAUGCACUUACUCCAUCCAUUUGCACUACACUUCCUGGUUCAAAAUGGCAUCACCCUUUAGUAGUCUGUAUUGAUAUACAUAGAAUUGACACCAUGGCAUCUUUGUUUCAUAUUGUCCUGAAACAUCUUUUUAUCUUCUUUGUCAGGAAGUUGUGUGGUACUUGUUCCAAAUUGCAUCUGCAGUUAAUCACAUACACGACAAUGGUAUAUUGCACAGAGACAUCAAGACAUUGAAUAUCUUCUUAACAAAGCAGAACCUGAUCAAGUUGGGUGACUUUGGCAUCUCAAAAGUAUUGAAAAACACUGAAGUAGCAGAAACAGUGGUAGGCACUCCGUACUACAUGUCCCCAGAGCUCAUGCGGGGUCAACAGUAUGACAUUAAAAGUGACAUUUGGGCAAUAGGCUGUGUGUUAUAUGAACUACUGUCACUCAGACGGAGUUUUGAUGCAUCAAACCCUCUUAAGUUGGUUUGGGAAAUUGUGCAGAAGGAAAUUGAUACAGAUUCCUUGGAUGCUAUGUAUUCAUCUGAGAUGAAGUCUUUGGUACGUCAACUUUUGUCAAAGGAUCCAGAAAAGAGACCUACUGCAGUUGAGUUAUUGAGGCAUCUGGUGACAGAGGCCACCAAUGAAACCAUGGAGAAGAAAGUCUGGUCACUAAAUGCUUCAUCAAGGAAGGCAAGGAUAGCAAGCAGUACUGCAACAGAGACAAUUCCAGUUGUCACAUCUAAGACGAGUGAGGUAUACUACUGGGGAGGUGGUCGGUUAACACCUUAUAAGCUGGAAAUCUUCAAAAAGGGUAACGCAGCAUUGCAAGUAGCAGCCGGCAACCUGCACUUUGCGGCUGUAACUGUGGAGAAAGAACUGUUUACUUGGGCAAAUGUGCAGGGGGGACAAGCCUUGGUCGGUCAGCUGGGCCACGGAGACACAGCUUGCUACAAGAACCCCAAGAAAGUUGAGUCCUUACAGAAUGUCAGAGCAGUGUCAUGUGGAGAGGAGUUUACUGCAUGUGUCACAGAUGAUGGUGAGCUUUAUACAUUUGGAUCUGAUUACUAUGGCUGCCUUGGCUGUGAUAAUGCCGAAGGUGAUGAAGUGACUGAACCAAUCCUUGUAGAGUUAUUUAGUAGUAAACCUGUGGAGCAGGUGUCUUGUGGAGAAAGUCAUAUUGUUGCUCUGACUAAAGACAAGGAGGUGUAUUCCUGGGGAUGUGGAGAGUUUGGUCGCCUUGGCCUUGGCAGUGAAGAUGAUCAUAGUUUACCUCAGAAAGUACACAUUUGCGGCAAUAAAACCAUCUGUUCAGUAUGUGCAGGCUUUGAUGGGACAUUCUUUGUCACCACUGAUGGUAAGGUAUUGGCUUGUGGAAGUAAUGAAAACAACAAGCUUGGUUUCAACACCGUUACCAAAGGUCUCAAGAAACGUCAGGUCAAGGAAAGCUAUGACAUUCCAUGCAAAGAUAUUCCUGCUAUUGUAAAGCCACUAAACAGAUAUCACAUAAUGUCAGUAUCCACUGGAAAGGAUCACUCUGCUGUCAUAGAUGAUACUGGUCGGUUAAUCACAUUUGGUCUGAACAAGCAUGGUCAGCUGGGUGUUGGAGACUGCAAGCCCAGAUCAGGAGUCAAUAAAAUCAGUGGUGUACUUAGUAGUAAACAGGUACUACGUGCUGCAUGUGGGGAUGGUUUUACAGUCAUUGCAACCAAGGAUAAUCAAAUCUACUCCUUUGGGAAUGUAGAGAGUGGUAGACUGGGCAUACCUGUUGAUCCAAGCCUUACCCAUCGUAAGAAAAUGGCUGUUCCCACGCCAAAGCCCAUAUUUGGGUCACUACACUUUGUGUCAGAUGUAUCAUGCAGACAUUGGCAUUGUAUUGUCAUUGUUGAAAAAGUUCUGAAAUCUAAAACUAUUCGCUCUCCUCACCAAGACAGCUUCACUUCAAGCAGAGGCUCUCAGCUAUCAGAACCCAGUCAGGAUGAUAGCGUCUUUACUAGUGAAAGUUACAUUUCUGAUAAUGCUGACAGUGAAGGGGCUGUAACUUGUAAUGAAGAUGAGCAGGAUGUGCUGGCAAUCACAGGCUCUAGUGAUACAAACUCAAGGAAGGGAGAUGAUAGUAUGCCACCAUGGUUAGCUGAGGAGCUGGAAAAUGCAGAAUUUAUACCCUUGGAAAGUGAGAGUGAUUCCCCUCCUGAUCCCAUUAACCCAUCUGUUAUAAACCAGCCUCCUCAUGACCUGCAGCAUUUGGACUGUCCUACACAUAAUCCAGCUGUAGCUCCACCAGUGGCAAUGUUGUCUACAUCACAUGAUCAGAGAUCUCUUGAUGCCAGUUCCAUUUCUGUUGGGUUUGCCACAAGCCAGGUUACCCAUGGCAUACCCUUCUCUGUGCCCCCUCUCUGUCUGGAUGGUCUGUCAGGAUCUGGGGAUUCAAUCAGACUUCAGAUGAUACGUGAUAGGGAGAGAGAUGAAGAGUUGGAAGCACUCAAUCAACGAGUGAUUCAUCUUGAAGCAGAAAAUAAAAAAGUAAGAAAAUACACUUGCUUUAACCAUUUGCUGCCGGGGAACCCUGUUUCGAGCACCAUGGGUUUCUACACAGAGCCAGGGUGCCUGAAAUGGGACAAAAGAGCUGGUCCA